AAUAUAGUGUCUGUCAUAUAUAUAUAUAUAUCUCAAUUAAAUCCUUCAACUGAAUAAAGACAACAUUGAUUUUUAUCCAUAUUCACAACAGCAUGAAAGUACCUCGUUAUCAUUCUCUAUCUGUCCCCGACCAAUCCCUCACAUCUCAAUGGGUCCUAAACUUCCCUGUUUAUCGGUUCAAUCUGGAUUUGUCUAAUGAGGCACUUGUCCUCUACGGCAGUGUGCUGUGUGUGUGAGUGUGUGUGUGUGUGUGUGCUGACGUAGAGGUGGGCUGGCAGAGAGUUAAGUGGAGUAGUCUGAGUGCCAUCAAGAUAAGGCAAACAUCAGAAGUCCUGAAGACAGUAGAUUGCUCAGUCUGAGUACUGAUGUAUAUACAUGAGUGUCUUGUCAGAUGAUAUCUCAGCGGAUCCUCACAGCGUCGGCUCACAUGCUCAUUCAUUCAUUCUUUAAACAGAAAGCACCAGCAGAAAAGUUGUAAAGUGAUUUCAUGAAUGAGGUAGCACGACAUCGCUUGGCACUCUCCAGCAUCAUUUUAUUUUUCGUCAGAUUUGGACGAUCUGAAGCUGAUCGCUGGAAAGCUGUGCGCGUGUUGGACGGAUCUUCUCCUCAGGCAGAAGAGUUGUUGUGAGAGAGUUUUGCAGAAGAGCAGCAGCUGCAGCAUGGAUUACUUUUUAUUUCGACUCUUCUGUUCUUUGGCUUUAGCGUCGCUUUUAGUUCAAAGACUCAAAUGAAAUCCUGGGACUAAAGAUCCCCUUUGACCCCAUUCUCAAUGCCAACACGGUGUGUUUGACCCUGCCCGGCCUGACAAAGAAACAGCUGGACGUGUGUAUGAGACAUCCAGAUGUGACGGCCUCUGCCAUACAGGGCAUUCAGAUCGCCAUCCAUGAGUGCCAGCAUCAGUUCAGAGGACAUCGCUGGAACUGCUCAAGUCUGGAGACCAGGAACAAGAUCCCCUAUGAGAGUGUUGUCUUCAGCAGGGGUUUCAGAGAAAGUGCAUUUGCAUAUGCUAUUGCGGCGGCUGGCGUGGUGCACGCCGUGUCCAACGCCUGCGCAAUGGGCAAACUGAAGGCCUGCGGCUGUGAUGAGAAACGCAGAGGGGACGAGGAAGCGUUCAGGAUCAAACUCAACCGUCUGCAGCUGGAGGCCAUCAACCGUGGUAAAGGAAUGGUGCACGGCGUGAUGGAACACUUUCCCGCCGACGCUCUCGGCCCCCAGGACUCCUGGGAGUGGGGCGGCUGCAGCCCCAACGUGGAGUUCGGGGAACGCUUCUCCAAGGAGUUCCUGGACUCCCGUGAGACGUACAGAGACAUUCACUCCCGGAUGAGACUUCAUAACAACAGAGUUGGCAGGCAGGUUGUGGUGGACCACAUGAGGAGGAAAUGCAAAUGCCACGGUACAUCAGGAAGCUGUCAGCUCAAGACCUGCUGGCAGGUGACUCCAGAGUUCAGAACGGUGGGCUCGCUGCUGAAAGAACGCUUCAACAUCGCCACGCUAAUCAAAGCCCACAACAGAAACACGGGUCAGGUGGAGCACGCCCACCCCACGCACCGACGAAGAGCCAACGUCAACGAUCUGGUCUACUUUGAGAAGUCUCCGGAUUUCUGCGAGAGGGACCCCGGCUCGGACUCCGCUGGGACGCAGGGCCGGAUCUGUAACAAGACCAGCCAGGGCAUGGACAACUGUGAGAGCUUGUGCUGUGGACGGGGGCACAACAUCUUACAGCAGACUCGCAGCGAACGCUGCAAUUGCAAGUUCCACUGGUGCUGUUACGUGGUGUGCGAGGAGUGCAGGAUAACAGAGUGGGUCAGCGUCUGCAAAUGAAAUGAGCAAUCAUCUACUAAAUGUACAAAAACAGACAUUAAACAUAGGGAAAGACUAAGAAAUCUCUCCCUUUUGCAAUGGACUGCCAUUUCCAUGAUUCGAAUGGAAAGCACAAAAGCAGACUGAGAUGAAUUGAGUGCUAGAGAAGUGUGCACAUGUUUGCACACUGCAUGGGUCCAAGCACAAGAUUUCAGACUGAUUUUGGACUUGCACUGCAUAUAAUUUCAGAAAGUAUUUUUAAUUUAAAUAAAUUAAGAAUAUGAAUAUAUUGUGGAGUAUAUUGCCAACAGAGCACUCAUCGACACGGCGUUGUGUUCGUUUUAUUUCGGUUUUCAAAGAAAAAAUGGCUUGUAGUCCUGUAAUAUAGCACCAAGCAGCCGCAUGGGAUUCCGGUACUUAAAGAAGAGAAACAUAUAUAUUAUAUAUAUACACUCCUGAGGGGAAAAAAAAAACAAGCCAAGCCAAAAAAGGUGAAGUAUUUAGUGGUCUUUUAAUGGUCUUAACCUUUUUAUUCAUAAAUCACUGGUAACUUAGCACAGAAUAGCCUUCCCCAACUUUUUUAGAGGAAGAAGAGUUGUUCCACUCAAUGUUAAUGGCUUCAAAAAAAUGUCUCCCAGUUCAUUUGAGUUUAAUGUGAGAAAAAAUAUUCGCUAUAGGGUUCAAAUCGGGACUCUGACCAGGCCAAAACAUGAAUCUGAUGGACUUUUUCCUCAAAUCAAUUCUUAGUUAUCUUUGCAAUUUGGGCAGGACUAUUGUCUUGUUGUAAAAUAACAUCUGAUUGUCUCUGGAGCAUCACCAUGCAACUUGUGUUUCAUUGUGAUUCUUCACUCCACACACAACUUCCCAUAUUCUGCCAAAAACAUGAUUCUGUCUUUGAUGUUUUUCUGAGACAGCAAUGGCCUUUUACGUAGUGCAUUUGCUUAAAUUUUUACUAAUUUCCUGACCAAUCAUUUGUGGUUAAGACAAUUAAAAGCUUAGUAUUUAGCCAUUUUGGGCCUGGCCCAUUUUUUUGCCUAGGACUGUGUGUGUAUAGUUAGUACAUCCAUGAUGUUUAAUAUACCUUUGCACAGAGCCAUUUGUCAGAAGAGUUUAAGAAAUAAACUCUGAGUAUAAAAACGGUAUCAUAUACCAGAUAAUAUCAAUCCAAAAGGCCAGCAUGUCUGUUUAAAUUUCCAGUGAUUGUACAUAUAACCACUUUGAUGCUGGUAAAAGUGUAGACUGGUCUUAAAAGGCUUGUUUGCCUUGUCAAGUGACACUUUUUAAGCACAGUCAGAUGAAUGGAUUGCACUCAUGUGCAAGCUGUGGAUCAAUCCUGGAGACCAGUAGAAAGGACAACACUGUUACAUGGAUAUGGACAUUUGUUAUGGACAAAGGCACGAAAAACACAUCAUAAAAAGGAUCUGAGGAGUCUAAAUGUAUGGAAGAAGCUGGACCUCUACAGAUGCUUGUGUGUAUGACGUUUCCCUGCAAACUGUUGGCUGUGCCUCUGUUCACUGUAACAGGAACAUAUUCACCAGAGCUUUUAAUGUCAGUCAGUAGAUAUUUAGACAAAUGUAUAAUCACAUCCUGAUCACCACACCCAUAAUGUGGUAGCUAUAGGCCCCCUGAACUCACCAAACUUUAUAUAAAUAAUAAUAAUAAUAUAUAUAUAUAUAUAUAUAUAUAUAUAUAUAUAUAUAUAUAUAUAUAUAUAUAUUUCUGCCAGCUUAUUCUUCAGUAACACAACUGUUCAAACAUGAUAUUCAACAUUCAGAGCUGUUUUAUUCUCUUUUCAGAUUGUUCAUUGUCUCAUAAUGUCUUAUAUAAAGUAGUAAAAUAUCACUGGAUAUUUUAUGAAAAUAACUGUUCAUGGCCAGUGUAAGAAACCUGUAAGUUUCAGAUUUUUGUCAUUGAAUCAUGAUGUUUCUGAUGUUUCGAUCAAUAAUAACUAAGCAUAGAAUAAGCUUUUGAACACUUUUGCCCAUCUAAAUCAUCUUUCUGAUGAAAAAAAACAAAAAACAUAACUACUCAUAAUUACGCAAUGCUUUUCAAAGGGAACUCCAACCAACCUUUUCAUUUAGUAAUUUUAAAAUUUGUCCCAAAGUGAAAGAAGAAUCAUUCCUUUUUUGUUUAUUUUAGUCUUCCAAUUUUUGUUCUGUUCUUCUGUUUUGCUUUGUUGUUGUAUUUAUUUAUUUGUGUGAUUUUUCUCAUGUUAAAAUAUAUGCCAAACAUCAAAAUGCAUUUGU